AUGGCAAAAGGCGACCGAAGGUCUGAAGGUGUCGGGGAGGCUGCGAGAGAGUGACGACUCACAGGCGCGGUCCGGCCACUGCACCGCGCGGAAGCUUUUACCUGCUGCCUUUCGGCCCUGAGCCGUACGCCUCUCCUUAUACGCCCAGGACCUUCCAACCUCCGUCGGAUGGCCCUUGGCGACGCGGCGCUUGGCGCGGACGCCCGGUCGCCGUCGCCAGCAACUCUCGCAGGACUCCUCCCCUCACUCCAUCCACUCCGGUCUACCGCCUAGAAGCUGGCUUACAGGCGCCCGCCACGACGCCCGGUGUUUUUGCUGCCUUGUUCGUGCUAUACUCCCCUUCCCAUCGGUGA